AAUGUAAUUAAGAGGAGUGGAAUAAACAAGAAAAGAUAAAAAAGAACAGAGAGGAGAACAGAGAUAAAAGCCUCUCUAAUGGACAGAGAGAAAGAGAAAGAGAAAGCAUAAGCACCUCCUCCUUUAUUUCCAUUUCCACAAUCUUCUUCUUAGAUCUUAGUUUCUCUGAAUUUCCCAUCUUGUCCUUUAUAAAAUGGAAUGCUGUGUUGAGUUUUGAUUGGUGCUAGAAGCAUCAGGCGAUUCCAGAUUGGAUUUAACAUACAGCACUUUGAUUUUUAUUGGGCACCAAUCAGAUUCUAUCUUUAUUAUCAUUUAAAAAAAGAUGGAAUCAGAUCUUGGUAAGCUCUUCAUUGGUGGGAUUUCUUGGGAUACUGAUGAGGAACGUCUCAAGGAAUAUUUUAGCAAUUAUGGGGAAGUAGUGGAGGCGGUGAUCAUGAGAGAUAGAACUACGGGCCGUGCUCGUGGCUUUGGUUUCGUAGUCUUCGUGGAUCCUGCUGUCGCGGAAAGGGUCAUUAUGGAUAAGCACAUGAUUGAUGGACGCACUGUUGAAGCAAAGAAGGCUGUUCCAAGGGAUGAUCAGCAGAUUUUGAAUAGAAAUACUAGUAGUAUUCAUGGGUCUCCCGGUCCUGGGCGCACCAAAAAGAUUUUUGUUGGAGGUCUGGCUUCUACAGUUACAGACAGUGACUUCAAGAAGUACUUUGAGCAGUUUGGCAAUAUCACCGAUGUUGUUGUGAUGUAUGAUCACAACACACAGAGGCCAAGAGGCUUUGGCUUCAUCACUUAUGAUUCUGAGGAUGCUGUGGACAGAGUUCUGCAUAAAACAUUUCACGAACUUAAUGGUAAAAUGGUUGAGGUCAAGAGGGCAGUCCCUAAGGAGCUAUCCCCAGGGCCUAGUCGGAGUCCUCUGAUGGGAUAUAACUAUGGUUUGAGUAGGACCAACAACUUCCUUAAUGCAUAUGCUCAGGGAUAUAAUAUGAGCUCAGUUGGAGGUUUUGGAAUGAGGAUGGAUAGUAGGUUUAGUCCUCUUGCUAGUGGUCGAAGUGGAUUUCCUCCAUUUGGUACUACUGGUUAUGGAAUGGGUAUGAAUUUAGAGCCAGGUUUGAGUCCAAACUAUGGUGGGGGCUCUAAUUUUGGCAACAGUCCAGGGUAUGGGCGAAUGUUAAGCCCCUAUUACAGUGGGAAUUCAACCAGGUAUAGUACUCCAAUAGGAUAUGGUGUGGGGAAUGCAAGGAAUGAUUCUGUUAUGAGCCCAACUACUCGGAAUCCCUGGGGAAAUGGGGGUCUUAAUACUGCUGCUAAUCCUGCCAGCCCUGGUGCUUUCUUGGGUUCUGGGAGUGGAAGUUUUGGGGUUUCAUUUGGGAAUAGUGGAGUCAAUUGGGGCCCUUCUCAUGUUUCAGCUCAAGGUGGAGGAAGUGCUUCUGGUUAUACCAGUGGAAGCAUGGGUUAUGGAAGUGGUGGUGAUAGCAGCUACGGGUUGGGAGGGGGAGGGUAUGGAAGGACCAGUGGCACUGGUGCAGCACCAACUUCAUCAUUUGCUGGGUCAACUGGUGUUUAUGAAGGGUCCUAUGGGGACUUGUACCGCAGUGGUUCAGUUUAUGGUGAUUCAUCUUGGCGGUCUGGCAGUGGCACUCCUGAGCUAGAUGGUACUGGGUCAUUUGGUUAUGGGCUUGGCAAUAUAGCCUCAGAUGUUACUACCAAAAAUUCUGAGGGUUAUAUUGGAAGUUAUGGUGUUACAAGUAGACAAUCUAAUAGAGGAAUUGCUACCUAGGAGAUCUGUUAUUGGAUGUCACAGGAUAAUUGUAGGUGAAGGGAAUCUGGAUAAACAGGUGAAGGGUUGUGAAUUUCAUACAUCUCUUUCCUGAAUAUAUUCAGCUUAUAAGGAAAUUGAUCUAUAGUGCUAACGAGGGUUCUUGAUUUGAAUUAUACGCAAUCAGAGUGAAAGCAUUUACAAGGAUUUUGUGUAAGGUUUGAGAUUUGAAUUUCCUUUUUGUCAUUUUUACUUCUUUUUAGUUAGUGAAAAACUUAGGUUGUCCUUCUUGGCAUUUGAGUGAGGUGUAAAAUCAGAUUGCGGAUAUAUACUCAGGAAGAUUGGUUCCCAUAGAUGUGUUGUGCAUCUCCGGCGAGGCAUGCCAGUGGUAGUACACUUAAAAAUAGGGUAUUAAUUUUUUCUAUUUUGUCUUUUUGAGUAAUGCCUGAAGAAGGUGCUGGUUGGUGUCUUUCUUCUCUUUAUUUGGGAUUUAUCUGUCUACCAGAUUGUAUGCCAGGUUCUGUUUGAUCUACUUGUGUGAAACAUUAAGGGAUUCUCUUUCAUGUUCCCCUGCAAAUAAGUUACAAAUAUUCUGAUUCAUUUUUUAUUCGAUGGUGUAUCAAAACAAUUUUACACUUAUCUAGAUGAAUGUUAGACUUCA